UUGCGUCACAUACGCAUUUAUUUUUGUGUUUUCUUUUUUCCCUCCUAUUUUGUUUAUUAUCAUGACAAAUUAUUCCUAAAACGUAACGUCGGUGAAUGAUAAUGCAAUACUACUCCGCGUGUAAAAUAGCAAAAAAUGUACCUAACCUUGAGGCGAUUGUGUCAACUCAAAUCAACUGUUUACAAUUCCAACAUUCGAAAACAUUGAAUAUUUCCUAGUUUUUGCCUUGAUUUUAAAUAAACUAGUGCUCGUUUCUACUCAGUUUAGUUGUCCUUUCUGCGAAUUUCAUUCGCAUAAUUGUUUGAUCGUUCCAGGCGAAGAUUUGGUGCAAUGCGUCCCCACAAGGAAAGGUCAUCAGAUUCUCUAUAAAGGUUACACUUACGUGUUCAAGAGUAGACUGCAGUGCGGGGCAGAGCAGUGGUGCUGCUCGUACCGACAGAAAACAGGUUGUAUAUCCGUGAUAAACAUGCAAGUGUGCGGUGUUGAAGUUGUCCGAGAUUUCCACAACCAUAAGAAGCCUAUGUUCUCCGAUGCAAUGCAGAAUCCAGAAGAACUGCCAGAAUGGGUGUCAAUAUAUUUUCUGAAGAAGGAUGACAAUACCCAACGAUGCAACAUAUGCGAGAAUGUGGUCCAAGCUUCAGAGAAGUCCCUAGAUCUCCUAGGUCAUUUAAAAACAAGUCAUGCAGAAGUCAUAGAGUUACACAAGAACCCGGAUUCGACGGUGGGGUUUCGCAUCGAGUUCCUUCAAUUGAAUGUUCUCAAUGAAGAUGGUGCGGAGAAAACACAGCCGGUGCUCUUGGGCGAGGUCUGCGAAGGGCCUACGGAGGAGGUUGUCAGCGAAAAGACCAUCGCCCAGACGGACUGUGAGCUGUCUAAUGUUCAGUAUGUUCUGAUUCCGAGGAAAAGGAAAUACAAACGGGAACAUGAGACUCGGAAACGCAGCUGGGUGUGGAAAUACUUCGACAAGCUGAGCACCAUCAUCUUCCGGUGCAACAUAUGCAAUGUCGUGCUGUCUAUCAAGGGCUGCAACACCAACAAUAUGAACCGCCACGUCCGCACUCGCCACCCGAACGUCUACCAAGUCGAAGUGGGGGGCAAGGGUGAGGCGGACUCUAUCCUGGACCUUCAGGAAGUGGAGACACCCUAUGCUGUGAAAACAGAGGAAAUAACCGACAAGGACUAUGAUGAUCGGAGCGUUGUAGAGAGCCCCGACAAGAAGGCCCACCGAAGCUGGGUGUGGUCCUACUUCAAGAAGCUGAGCGGAACCCAGGCCCAGUGCAAGCUGUGCAACCGGAACAUCUCCCACGGCGGCAACGCCACCGGCAACAUGAACAGACACAUCAAGAUGAUACACAAGGAGGUGUACACCAAGAAGGCCCACCGAAGCUGGGUGUGGUCCUACUUCAAGAAGCUGAGCGGAACCCAGGUCCAAUGCAAGCUGUGCAACCGGAACAUUUCCCACGGCGGCAACGCCACCGGCAACAUGAACAGACACAUCAAGAUGAUACACAAGGAGGUGUACACCAAGGUUGCAGGUGGGUUAGCUAAGGCCCACCGAAGCUGGGUAUGGUCCUACUUCAAGAAGCUGAGCGGAACCCAGGUCCAAUGCAAGCUGUGCAACCGGAACAUUUCCCACGGCGGCAACGCCACCGGCAACAUGAACAGACACAUCAAGAUGAUACACAAGGAGGUGUACACCAAGGUUGCAGACGAAAACAGCUGGGUGUGGAAAGUUUUCGAAAGCGACGAAGACGACUUCUACUCCUGCAAGAUCUGCCAGUUCAAGUGCAACAAAUACGCCAACAUAGACAAGUCUGUGCUCUGCAUACUCAAGCAUCUGAAAGCGGACCACGGGGUGGUGUCUGGCGACCAGAUUAUCACUAGUGUGGACUGUGACACCGAGCCGCAUUGAUUGUGGACUUUAUU